AGAAAGCAGAAACCUGCCCCUGCUCACAGACGUCACCACCAACACCACCACAGACAACUGCACCUCGACUGACACAUACACAACACACGGAUCCUCAGCAGCAGCAGCACAGGACAGAGGAGCCAGACAUGCCAUAAUACGGCAGCUAAACGGGGACAAGCCUCUGCACUGAGGAGCUGUUGAGGUCUGUUGCGGCAGCAGCAGUAGUUCAGGAAUGUGCACCGUGCAGCAGCCCCUGAGGAGGAGAAAAUGAAGCGCAAGAGCGAGAGGAGACGAGCCGAGUCGAGGAAAAAACGCUGUGCAACUCACAACAGCUCGGAGGCGGCGCCAAACUCAGACGUUUACAUUGAGAUAACAGGUAAGCGGGUCUGCAGGAUGAACCCUGUCAACUUUGAGCCCAGUUGGCAAAUAUGCGCAGGAGGUCCUAGCAGGAUGCGCGUGCGUUUCAAAUUACUAGGAUACGUGAAAAUGAUGCGUUUUUCGGGUUUUGACCUAAUAUGGCGACACCGUCUGUAUCUUUAUUGUUAAAAAACUGGAUAUGCAUCGACUAACUUUGGCAUUGUCCACGCACACACACACACACACACACACACACACACACACACAAAUAUAUUUCACGGAUCAGUUUUGCUCUGUUAUUUCCUUUUAGGAGCAAGAAAUUACACCUAACCCUGACUUUGUUUGCCCUAUUUGUCCAGUUAGUUCUCAAAGAGUUCUUUGUGUACAAAGAAAAUGAGAAAUUGAUGCAUGGACGCCUAAAUAAAUCUCAUCCAUAGCUAAUUUUCAUAAUUUCGAUGUCGUUUUCCUGGUUCCUGUCCCUACGCAGCUCAAAUCUGAAAGAGGGAGGUUCAUCCUUUUGGAAAUCACGAAUGUGAUUGGCUCAAGGAUCGUCCUAGCAACCGCUUGGGCAACCUUCCCGGGGCCUAUCACGUGUCUUCAAUAGAGAACUUUAAACUAAAAUGGGCGCGGCAGAACUUGACGGACUGCUCUUUCCUCCAAUCAAGUUGUUCUCUGCAUAUUUCUCGGCCAAUAGUGUCUCACAGAACAAUACAUGGGAGGAGUCAAGUGAAGAUCAAUUUUAGCAGAGUGCGCACUUACACUGGAACUCUCCUACCCUCCAAGUGCCAACUUUCUCCCCUCGUCGAGCUGAAUGAGGCUCGAAGGACGAUUUUAUAACUUUAUUUUUUUAAGUUAUCGCUCUUAACCAACUUUUUAAACAUCUCCGUCCUCUAUCGUUGUGAGUUUUACUAAGUAUGCAGCUUUUCUUGUGAACGAGAUAAACCUUGAACGUUUUCCGCAAGACAUCAUGUUCAGAACUGCGAGUAAGACGAGUGCGGACGAUAUUUCGUCAAGAUGCAUUGAGUUUAUCAAAGGUAAGUAGCUUCAAAAUGCACAUUAUACGUGGCUGGGGUCGGGGAUUUACGAAUGAAGGGGAAACGUGGGACUGGAGAAGUGUGUAUGCAUGACAAAAACAAGUAACUGGCUCUUUAUGUUGUCGCCCUACCCCCCCUCCUCCCUCCACCAGAUCAGUUAUAUUUCGCCUUACUGAAGCAGAAGAUCAAGAGCACAGCUGAGAGACACUGUUUCUGCAUCGAUGAGGAGCUGGCCUAUGAAAAGUAAGUUGUUCAUUUGCACCCUCACAUUUUGGGAAGACUUUCUUUUACCCUUUUUGUGAUUUUUUUAAUGCAUUUCUUUAUUUUUUACAAUGCUGUGCCCCUUUGUCGUUGCAUCUCCUGCCAGAAGACAGACUGUACACAUGCCUGUGAUGCAUGCAGCUUCUUGCACUGCUGCAGUCAUUUAAAUAAAUGUUGCUGACAAUAAGUUGUAGGGAGUAGACCUACACAUACCAUUUCAAAUGCAAGAAGUCUGUCUUUAAUUGCAAAGUUAGAAAUGUUUUAAGUAAAGACUUGUACAAGUAUUUUAAUGCACUUCUAAAGAUGCAAAAAGAAGCAUUUAAUCUCAACGGCACUGAACAUAAAUGAAUAAAUAUUUUUGACACAGCCAAAAGUGCAGUUUCAGAGUUUGUAACAAAGGUCAAACCUGCUUCAAAAGGCUACAGGAUAAAACAUGGUGACCUUUGCAACCAAUGACACAUCCUCAUUGCAGCAUUUUGUCCUGUUCUGACCUUCUCCUUCAGCAUCAAAUGCUUCCAGAUUUAGUCAUGUCUCUGUCAGUGUUUUUAUCGGUUCAGUCUGAUGUAGCUGAAUCUAUCCAGUGAACCUUCCCCAGAGAUCCGACUGAUGCAUAAAUAGGCACUCUGACACACUCUUUCUUCUUUUUUUUUCUUCUCCCUCCCUACUCUCCCUCUCCCUCUCACAGCUUCUAUGCGGACUUUGGUCCCCUUAACCUGGCCAUGUUUUAUCGCUUCUGUUGCAAGCUGACAAAGAAGCUCAAGGUAAAAGUCAACCUCUGCUCCUAAUUGCACUUCCUGGAAGAGAGAAGGGAGAGAAAAACCUGGGUCAAUCAAUAUUGAGUAAAGCCUGCAGUAAGAAGGCAAAAAAUGUGAAGGUUUGAUAACUUCAAUGUGGCUCAACAAUAGUAACCAACUUUAAAACCGCUAGAUAUAUGACCCUGAUAAAUUUGAUCAACUUGACAUUCACUCACCGUCUAUACAGCUGCUUGAGUUUAAGCACUUGCACAUGGAAGACCUGAAGUUUUUAUCUUGAUAUUGUUAAAUUGUUAGUCACAUUUUUUAAAUACCUGUCAUUUUUGAUCAUCCUCAUUAUUUUCUUUUGUUAUCACAGUCCAUCACACUUUCAAGAAAGAAGAUUAUAUUUUAUACCUGUGGAGAUGCGAAGAAACAAGCCAAUGCUGCCUAUCUGAUAGGCUCAUAUGCAGUAAGUGGUGGAAACAUGUAAAUGUUACAUAUAUUCAAGGAUGUCACAAAAGAGGCAUUUGCCAAUUCGAUGUUUGUUUUUUAAGGUAAUGAACCUCAACAUGCCGCCAGAGGAGGCCUACAGUCUGCUGGUGUCGAAGAAUUCAACAUAUAUUCCCUUCAGGUAAUAGCACACUGUUGUCACAUACAGUCAUAUUUGGCGAGGGUUUAAUACUGCAAACCCUGGUAAUGGCUGCCAAUAUGUUGAGCAAUAUUUGCUGACAGUGUCAGCAAUAUAAGGAAGUGUAAAAAUAGUUCACAUUCACUGUGUCAAGUCAUGUGCCUCCUCAAAAUAUUGCAGGCGUGUGUAAAAAAAAAAAAUGUGCCAAUGAUGAUAUUUGAAAUAAACAAUGUAAUCGAACCAUAAUAAAAGAAGACAGUCUGAGUCAGGAGUCCCUUUGCUUGUAGUUUUAGUGUGACUUUGAAAUAGUGAGAAAGAGAAGAAGUAUGAGAACACAUAGAAGAAGACAGUUGGACAGAGAUGAAUGUAAAACAUUCACUUUAGUUUAUGUAAGGAAGCAGAUUAUUCUCUUUUGUAUAAAUAUUUAAAGGGGAACUAAGAUCCUUCAUCCUUGUUCUGUUAUUGACUGUCAGUAUUUCUUCUGCUUCAGAGAUGCUUCCUUUGGAACCUGCUCGUACAAUCUGAACAUCCUGGAUUGCCUCAGUGCUGUUCACAAGGUAUAUCAGUAUAAGACACUUAAUUUUAAUGUGGCUGUGUCAUGCUCCUGGUGAAAUUAACUCUCUUUCAAACAUUUACCAGGCCCUGCAGUAUGGCUGGCUCGACUUCUCCAACUUUGAUGUGGAGGAAUACGAGCACUACGAGAGGGCAGAAAAUGGAGACUUAAACUGGAUCAUUCCAGGAAAGUUCUUAGCAUUCAGUGGACCUCACCCAAAAAGCAAAAUAGAGAAUGGUCCGUGCUCACCUUCCUAAAAUUCAUUUCUUUGAAACCAUCUCCAACGUCAUUGUGUAAUUUCCUCACCUCAUGAAGAAUGUUUUUCUGUUUUCUCAGGAUACCCUUUGCACGCUCCUGAGGCUUACAUCCCUUACUUCAGGAAUCACAACAUCACAGCCGUCGUCAGACUCAACAAGAAGAUGUACGAUGCCAGGCGGUUCACCGAGUCUGGCUUUGAGCAUCAUGAUCUGUUCUUUGUGGAUGGGAGUACACCCAACGACUCAAUUGUUAGGAAGUUCCUCAACAUCUGUGAGAAUGCAGAAGGGGCCAUCGCUGUCCACUGCAAAGGUAAGACUUCUGACCCACAUUCACUCUGCAACAAACAAGAUUCAUUGUCAAGCUGCUUAGGCUCACUGUGAUUGAUGCACGAAACCUACACUGUCUAAUGUCUGCAUCUUCAAUAUCUUUAUCUCUUAGCCGGCCUGGGGAGGACUGGCACUCUGAUUGGCUGCUACAUGAUGAAACAUUACCGCAUGACAGCUGCAGAGGUUAUUGCCUGGAUACGGAUCUGCAGACCAGGGUCUGUGAUUGGACCUCAGCAGAACUUUGUGGAAUCGUAGGUGAUUUUAAAGUAUUUCUCCAAGAUACAAAGAGCUGUGAACUGAGUUAAAACUUGGGAAACAAAGUGACUCUGCUUUAUCAGUAUUUGACUAACGAUGUCACAUCAAUCCUAACAGUCUAUGACCCCAGCAUUAAAAGUAUGACACAAAUAUGGAUUGAGAACAGCUCACUUAAUCGCAGGAGUUUUUGUUGUAGAUGUUCAACAAUGUGCUCAUGUCGAGUUAUUUUCUCUUAUUUCUUUAUUUGUAUGUCAGAUGUAAUUAAAAAGUGUGAAGAAAAUAAAUUCAACAAGUCUUAAUAUUGUGGGGGGUUGUCAGAUGCCAUUCACAUCCCCGUUGUUGACAUGUUUUACAUCAGAAAACAGAACAGCCUGUGGGCAGAGGGAGAUGUUUUCCGGGAGAAAAUGCUCAAUGAACAAGAGAAUGGAAAAAUGGCUGUGACCAGGAUCCUGUCUGGAGUGGAUGACAUCACCAUCAACGGGAGCAACAAGAACAGAGUGUCCAAUAAGGAAGAAGUAGGACUGGUCCGUAUUACAAUUCCUGUUGUGAGAUGCUUCCAGAAUAGAAGUUUUUGGAGAAUUUCCUCAAGUUCUUUAUCACCUAUUCAUACGUCUUUUUUUUUUUUUACAGUACAAUGAUGAAGAGGAGAGAAACGGCUUAACACAGGGUGAUAAACUGCGAGCGCUGAAGAGCAAGAGGCAGUCCAGAUCAUCCACGGGUUCACUUUCGUAAGUUCCAAGGCCGUCUGCAACUCUCAUCAUACAUGAUGCCAAAGUGUUUCAGUACAGACAAAUGGGAGUCGUUAUACAUUUACAGUUAUGUAAAUUACAGUGUGAAAACAUAGAAUUUAAUAACCAGCAAGAAAUACACUGAGGAGUCAUCAGUACUUCUGUGACAGGUUUAAGUCAUGGCUUAUCUAUUAGAGCUGCUUUCUCUUACACAUACUUUGGCAAUUCCAUCCUAAUACUAUAACACAUGAGAUGGGACACCAGGAAGUGUUUCUGAAAUCUUUCAAUAAUUCUGCUUAUUUUGUCCCCUUGUGGUUCUUUUGUUUUAUUUUUUUCACAUGCAUAUCAAGGGUAAAGUAGAUUUUCAUCCCACCUUCAUGUUAAGUCAAUAAAGGUGGAAAACAAAGAAUAGUUGGAGGGCAAACCCUAAUGAUAAGUAGUUCUUUUGAGGGCUUCAGUAAAGUUACCUGACACACAACCUUCAAAAAAGAUAAAGGAUGCUGGGGAGAUUGAUUUACCGUGGCACAAAGGAUGUUGAAGUUGAACAUUUUUUCAAGUUUGACUUAAUGCAAGAUUGAUAAAAUACAUUUUUUUAAUUCAAAAUAAGGAAUUUCUUAAAGGUUAGUGAAAAAAAUAGGGCCAUCUGUCUUAGUAUUAUCUUAUCCCAGUGAUGUUCAGGUCAUUGGGACACUGAUUUGGCCUGGAGAAGACUGCAGAAAAGGUCGUCUAAAGAGUUAAAUAUGCAGGACUGUGAAUAUUUAAAGUUCAGUGAUAAGAACCCCAUGGUGUGACUCAGGUUCAAAUAUAUUCAAGGUUGGUUCUGUUUCAUGUGAAUUGACCUGAACCAACCUGGAACUGAUCUGUAAAUAAUAGCAGAGCAUGUAAAUCAAUGUAAACACAUAAAGAUAGAAAAGACCAAAUGUAAAAACUGAAUCACUUAAAAAAAAAAAAGAAGCAUUUUGUUAAAUUUUACCAAAAUUAAAAGUGAAGAAAUUCAGUUAUCAGUAACAGUCAUUUGGGCUUGCCAUUGCAAACAGGCCAUUAUGCAUUCAGAUUCACUUUUGAUCUACAGCCACGUAAGUCCUCCUCCUUUGUGUCCAAGUAAACGCGGCUAUAGGAGGUUGUGUGUCAGCAUGCUGAGGAUGGUUGACCGGCCUCUGCCAAAUGUACCCAUAUGGCUUUGGCUUUUGUUGUCCCAUGUCAGGCAGGUGGUAGUGUUCUGCUGCAGCCUCAUGGGCACAGUGUGGCCGAUGUGUUGCCUGCCGCUCAAAAGAUAGCAGAGAGGCAGAGAGAGAAAGAGAGAGAGGGGGAGAGGAUGUGAGGUUUUGUAUGAUGAAGGUAAGUGCACGUCACUUCCUUUUAAGCUGACGUCCUCUUCCUGUAGAUAAUGGUUGCUAUGCCAGAGAAUGGUAUGGCUGACUUAAGCUUUUUUUUUUUCUUAUAUUUCUUUCCCUGGAUGACUCUGGUGUGAAGUGGAUAUGCACUUAAUGGAUGCUGUACAUUUGACACGCCUUUCAUUAUCUGCCUCUCAUGGACUCACUGAGCUGUUCUGCUUUGAUAUCAAGGCUUAUCUGAGAUAUCUUUGAAGUUACAGUGGCGCUCUGAAGUUAGGCCUCAAUACAAAUACAGCAACAAGGAUUCAACUAACCACAGUUUCAAAGGGGAUCUGGUUAGUUGAAUUUGAUGUUUCAGUGCUUGGCUUGCACUAAUGGUUCUGCACAUAUUAUAGGUCAGAUCUCGAGAUCAUUCUGUAAAGCUGCUAACUUGCCUGCUCAGCCACUCCAGCUGUGGAUAUUUCUUUAGGAGUGUAAUUUUCUCUAAACAACACCGUUAGGAUUGUCAGUUCUAUACUAUCCUGACUGAAACACAAGGAUUGAAAAACAUGAUAUGGGGACAAAGGGAGGAAAACGGGUUCUUCUCUGUCCUCAGGAGAGAGUCGAGGCAGAAAGGAGAUGUGCUUGCACUCCAAGCGUUAUCACUUAAUGCAUUGCUACACAAACAUCUAACUUCCAGCUGAAUUUACCAUCGGGCUCAACUGUUUGUUUUGUUUUGUAGCACUGAAGUGCAUGUUCAAUUCUGGGAUAACUAUACACAGGGAAAUAGUUCCUAUAUCUCCUCUGCCUUAUCAUGCAUGGUAACAGGCAUGAAACCCGUUCACUUGCAUGCAUGGACAUGCCUCUGUGUUUGAUCACUGCUUGUGUCUAACAUGUUCUUAAUGUUGGCCCAGUUUCAUCAUCAAUUGCCUGUUUUUUUUCAUUGCUUUCUGUGACUGGAUCAGUGUAUACAUACCAUCAGAGCUGGGUUUGAUCCUUCAGGUUUCUGUCUCUGCCAGCUUGUUCUCACAUGACUUGUUUGUGUGGGACCAUCUGGUAAUUAAAUCCAAAGUGUUUGUAGUGUUUUAUAUGUAAUCUUCUGUUAAAUAUUAGAGCUGUUUGACAUUUCCAGGCUGGUAGCAAUCGUCUAUAACCUAGGUGUAUAUUUUGGUUUUAAAAUCUGUUUCUCAAAGUUGUUUUUUGUACGUAUAUUACGUGUUUCCUUUGUGAAAUUUUUUUCUAACUUUUCUAGUUUUGGUAAUCUAAACAACUGAAAUUGUGAAAUCCUCUCCAUAUUUAUGACAGACAUAAAACUCUAUCAUACUCUGCUGUAUUUUGGUCACUAUUUCACAGCUUUUCUUUUCUCCUAGAGUUUGUGUAGAAAAGGUAAAUCAGCCAGUUAAUGAAAAGCUCCUUCAUUUAUCGCCGCGUACUUCAGAACUCCCACAUAGGUUGGGCUCUAAGAAUAGAGCAAAAUGCUAACACAUCAGAGCCAGUGAAGGACAAAAACCUGCUGACUGGUGCUCUAUGAAAGGUAUUUUAUCUAAUCCAGUCCCAGUGGAAAAGCAGAACAUCAGAGGCUUUGUGUCCUGCCUGGACGUCUUUUGUCUCUCCUUUCUUUUUUCCCCUUUUUUCCGUUUGCUCUUGUUGUUGGAUUUGUCCUCGUUUCAGAUGGCUGGUAGCCAUGCUGCUCUCCUCCCUGUGUAGCCUUGCCCUGUGGUGGAUUGUGUAUGGCUUCCCUUCUUCCAUCCUGCAUUUCUGUAUAGACGGGUUAGGAUUUCAAUGAGUUCUACCGCCCGUCAGCCCCCCAAAAACCUGCCCUGCCCCCCUUCUGGAGCUCUAACUGAGAAUACUGUAAGUGAGCCCUAGUCUUUUGUUUAACCCCCCCCAACCCAAAUCAAAAAUUUGUCCAGAAUCAUUAAAUUGUAAUGCGUGCGCCCUCUCUACAAGCACAGUAAACUUAAAGCUGAUCAGUCCCAGUCCCAUGAAACAUGCAGGCUCCUGUCCUUUUCAUGUCUGCGUUGUGUUAAGAUUUUGUCUUUCUGUUGCCACCUUCCUCUCAUCUUUAAACAUCAUGCUUUGCUAGUUAUUAUUUUGGCCAUAGAUCAGCUGUCAAAGGUCAAACCCUGCCAUGCUGUUGCACACUUUCCAUGACAGUGAUGAAACUAUAAAAUUCAAAUAAAGUCCCCCUGUAGAGUUACUGCCACCUUGUGGCUUCUUCUGGUAAUGACUUGGUUUAACUAAUCCCACCUGCUGCAACUCUCUGCACCAGACUAACACCUUCAGAUUUCAUUAACCCAUCUCCAUACAAUCUCUGCCUCCACUCUGUCCUGUCAAUUUACUCUAAGAUCUCUCAUGUCAAAAGUCAUUAAAUGGUUUUACUAUCUUUUUAAUUCUGUUUUUACAGACAGGAAGAGAACAAGAUUCACACCAGAUCAUCAUCACAGUCUCUAAGGUAAAUAUUUUAGUGUCUCACAAUAUUUCUGCUUCCACACUAGAGAUGUGGUUCAGACUAAUUCAUGACAACUGUCUCCUCUGCAGCGCUGUCAUCCUGCAGGCCAGUGUGCAGGGCUGUAAGGCCGGGGUCACCCCUCUCGCUCUGUCUGACCGCUCAGAUAGCAGGAAGAGGAGCAGAACCUCACUGCCAGCCAGGAGAGGAAGGUUAGUGGGUGGAUUUAACUCGUAAGAACUCAAACUCUCAAUAAUGGAGUCAGGACUGCAUGUGGAGGGAGCAGCAGAGCAUAAAUAAUGGCUACACCCUCAGAUGGACUUUAAAUGGCAUUUGAUUGACUCUGCUUAUUGGCUAAAAUAGCUUGAACUGUGUAUGAGUACAGAAAAAGUUGUGAUAAAACUUCUUUAAACAUAUGAACCACAUAUUUGAAAAUAAAACAGAUGUUUUAUGGGAGGGAAAUGGAAAUAACAUAUAUUACAAGAACAUUCUAUUUGUUUUUAAUGGGUAAGUAAUUCUAGUUGAAAUCUCUCAGUACGUUUACAUGCACAGCUUAAUCGGACUAAGCUCAUAAUUCUGUUUUAUCACCGAAUCAUCCUUCUCUCCUUGUCCGCGUAUACAUGCAGCUGAGAAAAUCGAAUUAUUGAUGUGAAUGUGUCCCCCUCCCCAGAACUAGGGGGCGAUAUGGGUCUUUUCAGCGGAACUGUUUUGGUUGACCCUAUACAACUGUCAACAACAAAAGCAGGUCUGUGCCAGACGUCAGGAGUGGCUACAUCUGCUGCUGGGUAUUUUCAAACAAGAAGAUGGAGCAUCGUACAGUGUUGCUUUUGUCAUACACUAUGUACGCGCUACUUUUUCUGCAGAUGAAGUGCACGCUACUCCUCAUUCCACUUCUUCUCCAGUGUUUUUGUUCCCGGGUUACAGGGGCAUGAGGCACGUGCACAUGUAUUGUCCAAUCAUACUCCAAUUAUGCUGGUUACAUAGUAGAGAAAAACGAAUUCCAAUUGCAUUAUCUGGAUGUCUUAAUCGGAGUCCUCAAAACUCCAAUUAUAGUCAGACUUAGGUGUUUACAUGCACUUCAGUUGUCCGGUGUUAAUCAGAGUAAGGCAAUAAUUCGGUUUUCUCGAGUGUCAUGUAAACGUACUGACUGUCAGCAAUCACAUCACUUUGACAUUGUUAUAUUCAAUACAAAAAACAACAACUGUAUACCUUAAAUUUGUAUGUGUGACUGUGCACAACACAUGUUUUUUUAAUGUGUGUGUUUGUGAAGAUAAGAGUCAAGAGCAACAGAGAGGCUGUAGCCACUCAUGGAUCCUUGUGGAGUCAAUUAACAGCUUCCCUUCUCUCUGCCAGCUCCCUGUGCCACACCAGACUGGUCAGGUCUCUAGGAAACUUGCAUGUAGUGGCUGGCGACAGAGACCCAAUGUGUUGUGAGCCAUGUGGCAGCCAUAAAGACACAGCCAGUACCACAGCCAACACAGGCCCUCUCAUCAACUUAAACAUGGUACAGGUCCACCUGCAGGCAAGCUCCCUCAGACACACUCGGAGCCAAUAUGCUGACCGGAGCUGCAUGUGCUAACAAACAGAAACAACUUAGAAGUGUUCAGUUUGACAAGAAAGUCGCAUCUCAAGAGUUUCCCUUUCAUUUUCGGAGCAUAGAAACUUAUCAGAUCUGUUACAUCUCAUUACAAAGGUGCCUGUGUAAAUCCAGAGGCUCCUCUUUUAGAGCUUCAACACAGCAUUUAUCAGACAGUUAAUGUAUUCAGGCUGAGAUGCAUCACCAUGGUGGAAAUCUUAAUAUCAUGUUUAUCCACAAAUUAUUUUCAAAACUGGAGCAAUUAAUGGUCUUUCCUGCUUUCAACCAUUACGAUUUAGCAAGCAAGACAUUAUCACAUGAAUGGAGGGCCGUAUUUGUGAGGUAGUUGAGAGAAAAACAGACCAAUACUAGAAGAUGAAUUAAACCUUACAGGCCUCGUAAACUUUAAUUUCUAAAUAAUUAAGUUUGUUUUAAUAGAGAACAAAACUGAGAUUUUCCUGCUGGAUGAUCUUCAGUGAAACAACAAAUGUAGUGAGUACAUUUUCAGAAUGGAAGGUCCAAAACUGUUUUAAGAAACCAUGAUGGUGCAACCCAGCCGAAUUAUUGGCACAUGCAGUACAAUGUAAACAUACCUCACAUAAACAUAUAUUUAGUCAGUUUAAGCCUCACUGUAUCACGAAACUGCAGCCUCCUUGGUCUUCCUGCUACUUGUUCCAGUAACUUUUCCUUGCAUGGUCUCUUAAGAACAGGAGGUUUCUGAGUAUGACUGGCUAUAGCUUCUCUGGACUCUGCUGCUGCUCUCUGUCUUUCUCAUGUCUGCAUCUGUUGCUGGUGCUAAUCUGUAACGUUUUGUGUCUGCUUUCUGUUUCCCUCUCUUUUAUAUUCCUUUUGUGCAACAGACGCACUGUCUGCAGAGGACGUAAAGCUCGCAGCUCUUUGCAAUCACUUCGAUUUUCCAGGCUAUGGUAUCUAUUUCCACUUCCUCACUUACUGGACUUAGAUAGUAAAUCACUGCUCAUAUAUUGUUGUCCAUAAACUUAAUUUGCAUGAAUAGAAAAAUAAUCUUUGAGUAAUUAAAUUGUAUAGUGUAAACAAAACCCCAUAAUUAAUGAAGAUGUUUUGUUUUUUGCAGUCACUCCAUACCCAAGGCUAGAGCUCCGAUUCUUCGGUGAGCAGAUGGAUCUGGAAACCAGGCGGAGUUUCACAUGAAAUCUAAUCUGUACUCGGCCUCGCCAUUCUGUUAAUAGGUUUUUAAUUAGGUAAAAUAUAAGGACAAACUUUAACAAAAUGUGACAUGUUAACCAAUAGUUUGAUUAUAAGUUCUAUUGCUCUUAAGGCACUUUGCUUUUGAAAUUUUUAACGAUGCAUCAUGAAACAGUUUUUAUCAUCGACUUGUUUUUACUUAUCAAAGCACGCAGUAGCAACCAUCGGACUGGCAAAUAACUCUGGGCUGUCUGCAGCAGACGCUCUUGGUUAUCAGAUGGGAGAUCCACAUUCAACAUUUAAAGAUGAGUUAGACGAAACAUAACCCAGCUGUUGGCCUUCCAUUAAAAAUACAAUACUGUGCACAUUUGUACCUCCAUCCAGUACCUGACUUGUGUUUUUAUUUUCUUGUGAAGCUUUUCAGCUCCUGUAUUUCAAGACUGUAAAUAUGUCGACAUUUGAUAAACUCAGUUUGUAUUUUUUAAAUAUUUUGUACUAUGUUGAAAUCAUGUAAUGAAAUGUCAGCGGUCCUAAAGGGGCCUCACCUCAAAAAUCAUGUUCAUAACCCACUGAAGAUGUUUGAUUAUAACACAGAACCACAGUUUUUAAUAAAACUAUACUCUUGAAAUGUA